AAGUCGACAUUCAACCUGUUCAGGAAGUAAAAAUAUAUAGAUUAGAGGUAGGGAUGCACGGUGGAAAAGAGGAUGUUUUAACCGUCAUCACUGGUUACGUAAUGCAUAAGUAAACCAAUCGCGUAUGACCAACGCCCUUUUGGAAAAUCGUCUUUCAGGUUUAUCUUUUAUUUUCCGUUUUCUAUCAGCGGUGUAACCUACUUUUUCAUUAUUAAAUCCCAUAUGUCAGUUCUCCAUUUUUCAGUCAAGGAUUCUAGAAGUAGAACAUUUUUAAGAGAUGGUGUUUGGGCUGAAUGUUCCAUUAACGAUUCCCAUCUUUUCGGCUCUCGGCAUUUCUGUUUUCUCGGCGCCUUUCAUCGAGAUUCUAAAUUUUUAACCCUAUUCUCUAUUGAAUAUCGUGUUUUAAGAGGGGAAACAAUCUUCAUUAUGGAUCGAACCGUGUUUAACUCAGUUCUCCUGAGCAUCAACGGUCUCGGUGUUGCGUUGAAUGCUGUCACAGUGAUCGCAAUCUUAGCUGUUAAAAAGUUGAGAACUACACAGAACAUCUUUACCCUUAACAUCGCGUUGUCUGACAUGGCAGCCGCUCUCAUGAGCUUGAUCAUAACAUUCCUCAAUAUGUCCUUUAUUGCACAGCCUGUAGUGGUAUCAGCUCUCCUUAGUGUGGCAUAUACAACAGGUAUCCUCAGCACUCUUGCGGUGGCUUUCCAUCGUUUCAUCGUCAUCAAACUUGAUCCUUUCAACAAUCGACGCCUCGUGACAAGAGCCCGUUGUAUCAUCACAUCUAUCGUGUUCUGGUUGAUGAACUCGGCCAUCUUUGUUACCAUCCACUACAACAUACUGGAGAAUAGUCUGCUGGGUUUUAUCACCCCUAUCGUAAUACUAGGUUCUCACAUAGCAUCGGCUCUUUGUUACAUUAUCAUUUAUUUUGCCGUUGCGGCUAGUGCGCGUAGAGCUGGUAUUUCGGCCCAACGUGCUAAACAGAAUGCGCGCAUUCUCAUCACAUUUGCACUGGUGGUAGGUACGAAUAUCCUUUGCUGGGCUCCUGGGUGUAUCUAUAUUAUCAUAUUGUAUACACAGCCGAGGUCAUCUUGGGGGAAGUUGGGUGCUAUUCUCAUCCAAGUGUUACGCUGGUGGCUCAUCAGUGCGAAUUCGGUGGUAAAUCCCAUCAUAUACUGGUCCCGUUUAUCGGAUUUUCGUAAAUUUCUGAACAAAAUAUGCUGCUCUAAGCCACAAAGUGGCGAGGGGCAAAAUCCAAGUUCCAAUUGGGAGGGCAAUGAAACUAAGAACACAGUGGCUAGCGUUUCAAACACCAAAAUGUAGACUAGCACGUAAUAAUAUCAUCUUGUGUAUAUCAAUAUACACUGGCGCGGCCAUGCAGCAUGUGUGUUUAUACAGUACAUAUAUUACUCUUGUCAAAGUGAAAACUGUCGUGCAUGCAUGUAUCUAAGUAUUCAUUAAGAUUUCAACAUGGUCAUUAAUGUUUGAUUUAUGUACAAAAUAUCUACGAGGAAAAUAUAUCAUAUUAUGUCUUUCGUGUCAUUUAUUUCAUUCAUUAAUGCUGAGGUGAUUAUCAAGUCCUACACAGCAAAAACUGUGGUGUUAACCGGUGUACAUAGAGGACCACACCAGUUGUUUUACACCGGUGU